UAACUAACAAAAAUUUCCACAUCACUCCCCUGACCCUGAGAUCACUCACCCUCACAUUAGUACUACCAUUACUGUCAUUCGCUUCCAUUUCCCACUCUCUUCUUCCACUCCUGACUCCAUCCCACUUUUUCUUUCUCUCUCCUACAUUUCCUCGCUGAAAUUCCGAGAAAUGAACGACGAAAUCGAGCCAUCCACCUCGUCGUCGUCGUCGUCGUCUUCGUCAAAAGAACCAGUCUUUCUUCGAGCAAGAAGAGAGCCAUUCGAGUACGGACUCCUCCCCAUAUCGAAGCUCAUCUUCUCUGAUGGAACAGCAACCCUAGGUCCCCUCAAAGAGAAGCUCAUCCAACGAGCCUCCGCUUCUUCGCCCCCCUCGUCUCCCCUUCGAGUCGACGCUGAUGGCAUUUCCGAAGUCCUUCAGAUCUCGAUCGAGAACGCUCGUCUUGUCCUCGACACCCUCGCAGCCGUCCUCCACUCGGACUCUGAUCCUCUCGUCUCUGCGAGCCCUCAGGAGCUCGAUUCGGUUGGGGCCGAUGUUAAUUAUCUGAUUUUGUUUCUUUAUAUCCAAUCCUACAAGAGGCUUCUCCCUAGGACGCAUAAGGACUCAGUUGCUGUUGCCGAUGUCUGGCCUUCGACUUCUGCUUUCGAUGGAUACCUAUCGGCUCUAUCCCCUUUACAGCUUGUUCGUAGCAACAGCCGUCGGUUUAUGCCAUCACAAGCUGAUGAAGAGGCCCAUCAGUUAUCCUAUUUACAGAAACACAUGGCAAACAUUCUUGCACUGCUGGCAGAGUCUGUGGAAGGCGAUGAAGAGGAAUCUCUGGUAUUGACCUUAGAAAGGUUUGAACAUCUUGGGUUCCUCAUUCAGUUUGGUGAAAAGGGGUCUGAAGGAAUUCCACUGAGCCAGGCCACACCUUUUUUUGCAAAUUCUGAUCCAGACAUGCCUGCUGUCCCUGUGCCAGCAGCACAAGUUCAUGAUUGGAUUCUACAAAAUAUAGCUACUGCUUUAGAGCAUAGCUCAGAGAGAGUUUCUAUGAAAGAAAAUGGGCUACCCAAUAGCUCUGAUCAGGAUGUUGCUAUGGCUGAUGCCUGCGCCAGUUCCUUCAAGAGUUCUACCUGUACCAGGAAUCUGAGUUUUGUAGAGGGAGUUUCAAAAACUUCAAUCAUAAAGCAAGCGUCUGAUCUGAAGGGUUCUUCUGUAAAGGUUUUAAAUUGUCAUGACUCAGUGAUAUACAUAUUAGCACCCUUAAGAUAUGCCACUGUUUAUGGAUGUUCUGAUGCAACUAUAGUUCUUGGAGCUGUUGGCAAGGCUGUAAGAGUGGAGCACUGUGAGCGCGUGCAAGUGAUUGCAGCAGCAAAACGAAUUUGUAUUGCCAAUUGUCGUGAGUGCUUGUUCUUCCUUGGGGUAAAUCAGCAACCACUUAUUCUUGGAGAUAAUCAUAAGCUGCAGGUGGCACCAUAUAAUACUUUUUAUCCACAACUGAAGGAACACAUGACUCAAGUUGGUGUUGAUACAAGUAUAAACAGAUGGAAUGAACCCAUGGUGCUGGGUAUGGUUGAUCCACAUGAUUCGUUAUCUCAUCCUGCAGGGGUCUCUGAUGUUCAAGCAGAGUCAGCAACAUGUCUUGAUCCUGAUCAGUUCACAAAUUUCUUGAUUCCCAACUGGGUUGGAGGUGAAUCACCUGAGUCCACUAAACACAACCCAUUUUCAUUGCCUGAGACCUACAUGGCAUCUCAGCAAAAAAAUCACCAGAAUUUAGGGGAAAUAAAGCAAGCUUUGAGAGACUUGCAGCUUGAAGAGAGUCGAAAACGGGAACUAUCAAACGCUCUCCACAUAUACUUCAAAGACUGGCUAUAUACUUCUGGAAAUAUCCGUCAGCUUUACUGCCUACAAGGUGACUGAGGUUGUGAGGUGUUUAGGGCAUAAUCAAGCUCUUGAAGAAAUUGUAAAUUGUAGUGUGGUUCCCUGUCUUGGUCAUUGACCGUUCACGUGACCCUGCUUUUAUUAGGACUGCAGGCAACAAAGAAUCAGCCACAUGCGAGUGAUGCACCUGAUUAUGUGUUGACACUGACACAACAAGACCAGGGGGAUAUAUGGGACUGGGAUCAAUCUCUCUGUAUUUGUAUUAGCCAAGGUUCAAUCCUUGUGAAACCGAGGUAUAUGGUUUCAUGGAUUUAGCGUUUUUAUCCUUUAAUCUUUGAGUUUUCUUUGGGAGUCGAUUGCUGUUAACCUUGUAUUAAUUGCAGUAACUGCCUCUAGAUAUAACAGCCUCCAAUUUCACCUAAUAACGAUUCAGUAAAUACCUACAAUCAGAGGCUAAUCAUCAUUACCACAAACGAGGAAUUCCAGUAAACAACGCCUCUUGAAAUGACAUGCUAUUUUACCGUUA